GAAAGAAGCUGUUGGAAGUGUAAUCCAAAGAACUCUUGAAAGAAUCACUUUGAAGUUUACCAAACUUCCCAGACAAUGGUAUCACUUUGAGGAUUUCUUCUUGAUGUAGAGGAGGUAUCCCAAAAACGCACUGUUUUAGCGAUGAGGGUAUGUCAGCAACAGACAUGAAGUCGAGGACGAGCCGCAAUAUUUGCCACGUUGCUUGAAACUGUUUUCAGACGAUCCAAAAAUCCACGUCUAAAAAUCCAACAUAACACCAAAACUACAACAGAAAACCAAGCCUACUGGCUCUGAACUGCGAGUUUGAUUGCAAUACCACAUCAAGGAAACCUUGAUUUGCUCAAAAAUCCCGUAAGAUUUUUUCAAGAUACACCAUGAAAGUCAAGGAAAUUAAAAGAACUGCAAAUAUAGCAUGGAGUCCUUCGGCACAGUAUCCAGUGUACCUAGCAACAGGCACUGCUGCCCAGCAGCUUGAUGCUACCUUCAGCACAAGUGCAGCACUGGAGAUCUUUGCUUUGGAUCUGACCAGUAAUGACUUGGAGAUGCCACGACGUGGUACAUUGGAAUCAGAGCAUAGAUUUCAUAAACUUGUUUGGAGUCCAUUCGGUAUUGGUUCCACAGAAACGAAAUCUGGUCUUCUGGUCGGAGGAACAGACAAGGGAAGUGUCGUCAUCUAUAAUGCUGAUAAAAUACUGAAGAAAGAUAAGGGAGGAUGCAUAUUUUCUGAGAAUGAAAAACACACAGGCGCAGUACAAGCCUUAGAUUUCAACCCUUUCCAGCCCAACCUCUUGGCAUCUGGUGCCAGUGAUUCAGAGAUCUUCAUCUGGGACAUGAACAACCCAGGUGAAUACUUUACUCCUGGAGCCAAGUCAUUACCACCUGACAAUAUCAGCUGCCUAGCAUGGAAUAGACAAGUACAGCAUAUCCUUGCGUCAUCAUCCCCCUGUGGACGCUGUGUGGUCUGGGAUCUGAGAAAGAAUGAGCCUAUCAUCAAAGUUGGUGACCAGAGUGCCAUGAUUCGAUGCAAGGCUGUCGAGUGGCACCCUGAUACAGCAACCCAAAUGGUGCUAGCAUCAGAAGAUGACCGCUACCCAGUGAUACAGAUGUGGGAUCUACGGUUUGCUACAUCACCCAUGAAGGUCCUUGAGGGACAUCAACGGGGUAUUCUAUCUAUUGCUUGGUGUCCUCAAGAUCCUGAUUUACUCAUGAGCUGUGCAAAAGAUAAUCGCAUCUUGUGCUGGAAUCCCAAUGAACAGACACCUGGAAAUGAAAUAGUUUACGAACUCCCCACAACAUCACAGUGGAGUUUCGACGUGAGGUGGUGCCCCAGAAAUCCAGCGAUGAUUUGUACCUCUUCAUUUGACGGCAAUGUGAGCCUGUUUUCAUUGAUGGGGGGAGGAACGACUGAACAAAUGGUAGAGCAACAAAAGGUGAAUGAUGCGUUUGAUGCCGAUGACCCAUUUGGAUCGCAGCUUCAACAACAGCAACAGCAACAACAAAAAGUCACUACUGCUGCUCCACUCAAGAAACCACCAAAGUGGCUAAGAAGGCCUUGUGGAGCUAAAUUUGCUUUUGGUGGAAAGCUUAUUACAUUUGGUCAACAUAAGGAUACUACACCUAACCAGGUUCAUAUAAGUCAAGUCGUAACAGAGGGUGAACUGGUCCGGCGAUCAGUUGAACUAGAGGGUGCGCUUGUAUCGGCAAAUUUCAUUGACUAUUGUAAUGAUAAAAUACAAAACAGUACACAUGAAUUGGAAAGGACUUUAUGGAGUUUUCUCAAGAUCAACUUUGAGAGGGAACCAAGAAAGCAUUUUCUUACACUGCUUGGUUAUGACACCAGUGAACUCUCCCAGAAGGUUGCAAGUAUUACAGGAAUGCAGGGGUUAGGAGAUAGUACUGGUGGGGUUGAUGCAGAAGAACUUGCACAAAAGAUGCAGCUAUUGACCUCAGGGUAUAAUUCUGGUAAAACAAGUGACAGAGUUUACUCAAGUGGAGCCACCACUCCUUCAGUCCCUGAAUUUGGGGAAUCAAAGACUCCACUGUCAGACACUGGGAGUAGCAGUGAAGCAGCUUUAGCGUUUGAUGCCAUCGCAUCAGGAGCACCACUGACAGUUGACACCUCUGGUGACAUUGCUGCUGUUCCUCAAGCUCUUCCUUUCAAGAUACCAACAGAUGAUGAUACUGAUGGUCUUAUAAGCCAAGCUUUAUUAACUGGAAACUUUGAAGCUGCAGUAGAUGUGUGUGUGCACAAGGAAAGAAUGGCAGAUGCCUUUCUUCUUGCCAUUGCUGGUGGGCCAGAUCUUCUUGCAAGGAUCCAGAAGAGAUACUUUGAGAAAAGCAAGAGCAAUGUGGCUAGGCUGAUGUCAGUUGUCAUAAACCGUGACUGGAGAGACGUAGUGGAAAACUGUGUCUUAGAAAACUGGAAAGAGGCUCUAGCGGCACUAGUGACAUAUGCCAAACCAGAGGAGUUUACUUCACUGUGUGAUUUACUUGGUCAACGACUAGAAGGAGAGGGAGACAGGCACUUUUCUAAUGCAAUGAUCUGUUAUAUCUGUGCCGGAAACGUGGAGAAAUUUGUGGCAUGCUGGUCAAGGAGUAUGCCUGUCGAACCAUCUCCACUGGCUUUGCAGGAUUUAGUUGAGAAAGUCAUGGUGUUGAAGAAGGCUGUAGAGAGAGAAAGACGACAGAUCAUUGAUAGUGGAUCCAAUGCUCUUGCAGAAAAACUGAGUAAAUACUCGACUAUCUUGGCUGCUCAGGGUUGCCUAGAGACAGCCAUGGGAUACCUAAAUGCAUCAGGAGACCAGUCCAGUCUUGCAGUGUUGAAAGAUCGCGUGUUCCACUCCCAAAACCCCAGCCACCUCACCACGUCAUCUGCGCCACCAGCUUUCCCCUUCCAAAGAAUGAAUGUACUGGCAGAACCUGCCCCUCAGCAACAAACUAUGCAGCAGCAACAGCAGCAACCAAAGUAUGGAAUGCAACAGACAAGGCCUCAACAGCCACCAGGCCCUACAUUCCAACCAGCUGCAGUAUCACAACCUUCUCCUUACCAACCAACACAACCACAGCAUCAAGCACCAACACCAUUCUACAACCCUGCGGCAUAUCAACCAGCUCCUACCCAACCACCAUCUGUGCCAAAUCAACCAAACACUGGAUUAAAUGCUGGAACACCCCCUACUAGUCAAUCACCAUACUACACCCCUAAUAUUCACCCACCCCUACAAGGGGCGCAACAACCAUGGAGUGCUCACCAACCUCAACAGUUCCAACCACCACCCAGUAAUGUGCCAAUGCAACCACCAGUUUCCCAGACAGCUAAGGUUGCCCCGCCCUCUCAGCCAUUGCCGACACAGGGUACUACCAGCAUGCCACAAAUGUAUAACCCAGCAUCACAGGGUAUGCCCGGCAGCUACCCCGGAGUACUGACUCCUGGUGCUCCUCAGGGGAAUGUGCCAUCACCUACUGGACCACCACCUGUUGGACCACCCCCAUCGUCAGGUGCAUGGAGUAAUACUCACCUUAUGCCCAAGAGAAAACAACAGACCAGUGACUAUACCCCCCCUGCUCCCAUCACAAUGCCGAUCUUUGGUGUACCAGACCAACAGCAACAGCAACCAAUGCAGCAGCAGCAUCAACAGUAUCAGCAACAGCAACCGUAUCAGCAGCAGCAGCAGGCUCCGCCAAGCAGUCAUCUUCAACCUGCACCUGAUGGCCCCAACAUGAUGCAGCAAUCUGGCCCCCCUGGUGCCCCGCCCAGCUACCCCAGCCCUCGUCCUGCUGUUGCUCAGGAAAAACCAGCAGAGAUUAUUAAAGGCCCUCUACCUGCUGAGCAUGUUGUUAUACAGGAGACAUUCAAUGGUUUAGUACAGAGAUGUAAAGACAUGGCAAAUAACCCACACACAAAAAGAAAGCUUGAUGAAGUUUCAAAGAGAUUGGAGGGUCUUUAUGACAGACUUCGUGAGCAAAAGUUGUCCAAGCCCAUCCUGACAGGACUUCAUGAAAUUGCUCAGGCUUGUCAAUCAGGCGACUAUCCUCGUGGUCUGAUGGCCCAUACAGGUUUAAUUUCCAGUGGUAGCUUCUCAGAGAUCAGUUCAUUCAUGCCUGGUCUCAAGUCCUUGAUGCAGAUAGCCACACAAUUAAGAGUGUAAAUUAAUGUGUGCUUUGUAGAUGAUGCUAGAAUAAUAUUACUCGUUUGGAGAAGAUGGAUAGUAUUAGUAGGUCAUGGCACACAUGAUUAUUCACCAUUUUCCAUACAUCUGUUCUGACACUGGUCAAGCACAAAGCACUCAAGCAAGGUGCCAAGGUACUUUCAAAGGAUUAUUCAAAUUUGAACCUUUCAACCUCGACUGAAUGCUUUGUGUUUGACCAGUGAACCAAUGUAUGGAAAAUUGUGAAUGCUGCAUGAGGAAUGUGUUUACUUGAUUGGAUUUGUUUAUUCAUGGUAAGCCUCAUCUGAUCUCAAAGUAUUUACAAAUACCCAUGGUCGGUAAAAUAAAGAAUACAGCUAUUUCAAAAAGGUUGAACACUAAAUACUGCAUACUGAAUAGUGCAUUUCAUGACCAAAGGGCAUUGUGGGUCAUAGUGACAUUGUCUGA